CCACCACAGCAAAGACCCAACCCGUCGCUUUUAAACGCACACGCACCCACGCACCCAAAAACAAAGACCCAAAUCAAAAUGGCUGGAGGCAAGUCUGGAGGCAAGGCCGGUAUCUCGUCGUCUGCUGGACCCAAGUCGCGCUCGUCCAAGGCUGGAAUUCAGUUCCCCGUCGGCCGUAUCCACCGCCACCUGCGCAAGGGCAACUACGCCCAGCGCAUUGCGGCUGGUGCCCCCGUGUACCUGGCUGCCGUGCUCGAGUACCUGACUGCCGAGAUCCUCGAGCUGGCCGGUAACGCCGCCCGCGACAACAAGAAGACCCGCAUCAUCCCCCGCCACCUGCAGCUGGCGAUCCGUAACGACGAGGAGCUGAACAAGCUGCUCGGCAACGUGACCAUCGCCCAGGGUGGUGUCCUGCCCAACAUCCACAAUACUCUGCUCCCCCAGAAGAGCAAGAAGGCCGGCGCUGCUUCGCAGGAGCUCUAA